GUGAGUCAGUCGGCGAUGACUCGAGACAGAGAUUAGAUUAUAUUAGAUCGAUCAGAGGAAGGACAAAUGAAGGAAACCUCGGAGGGUGAGAGGACUUGAGUCGGGUGAAGGAGCUGAGAUGAUGCCAGAGCAACCUGAACCCAACCAGCUCUGCCAGAAAUAACCUUCAUGAUGGGAUUGAGCCAAGCCUCCAACGUCGAUCCAGGCAUCGGUUUGGCGGCUGCGGCGAGCAACCAUCCCAACUCCUCUGGCACCCCUUCGUCCCUCCCUCCGUCGUCCUGCAGCAUUGACGAAUCCUACAAGUACGUUUUCCUGCCCGUCUGCUACUCGCUCACCUUCCUCUUCAGCCUCACCCUCAACUCGGUGGUGCUGCUGCGCUCAUGUUGCCACCACGGCGGGGGCGGCAGCGGCCGACGCUGGAACACCUCGCUGAUCUACAUGGUGAACCUGGCCACCACCGACCUGAUGUACGGGCUGUCGCUGCCCUUCCUGGUGGCGAGCUACGUGCUGAGGGACCACUGGGUGUUCGGGGACUUCAUGUGCCGCCUCGUCCGCUUCCUCUUCUACUUCAACCUCUACUGCUCCAUCUUCUUCCUCACCUGCAUCUCCGUGCACAGGUACCUGGGGAUCUGCCAUCCGAUGAAGACCAUCACUCUGGAGAGCAAGCGGGUGGUGAAGGGGAUCUGUGCGUUGGUGUGGGUGGUGGUCUUCAUCCUCACCUGCCCCAUCUUCAGGUUCGCCCAGACAGGAUACGUCCAGCGAGGAGGGGGUGGGGUUAUGAAGCCUGGAGGGGGGUGGGAAGGCGGGAACAGUACUGGAUCUCAGGUGGAGGACAAGGAGGGAUACUUGAACUGCUGGGACGACGCCAUCGAUGAGGAGUUUCCCGACUAUGUCCCGUACGGCAUCGUCCUCCACCUGCUGGGCUUCUUUGUGCCCUUCGUCAUCAUCGCCUGGUGCUACUCUCAUGUGGUCAGGACGAUAUUUCAGACCCUGCGCUCCCCUCCCAGUUCGAUAGAGGGAGGGGAGGACGGUCCGGUGGCAGACGGGGUGACAGAAGGAGUCAGAGAGCGGGAGAGAACGUCCAUCUCCAUCUCCGGAUCGCAGUAUUCGCACUACAUCCGGCGGCGACGGAAAUCCAUUAAAACCAUCCUAACCAUCACCCUGCUGUUUGCGCUCUGCUUCCUGCCCUUCCACGUGACCCGGACGCUGUUCAUGCUCCUGCGGUGGGGGAAGCUCGGCGGCUGCAACGUCAUGAAGACCGUCUCCAUCUGCUACAAGGUCACCCGGCCGCUGGCGUCCUGCAACGCCUGGCUCAACGCCCUCCUCUACUUCCUGACAGGGGAUAAGGGCCCCCCCUGCUGCUGGCCGGCAGAACACGCCGUCCGCCGAGACCACCGGAGCGGCUCCAUCUGGUGGCCGCUGAAGAUCCUGAAGAAAGAGGGAGUGGGAGAAGAAGACCAGGAGGCCACCGAGAAGGUUGAAAGGGAGGUGCACAUCGAAAAUGAGUCCAAGUCUUCAAGGGUCAUCUUCUAGACCAGCACUUGAACAGAAACUGCUCAGUAGCGCUGGGUAUCGUUUGAAACUGAAAUCCAUAUUAGCGCUCUGGGAUGCUAUUCAAGUUUCAUUCAAAAUUUAGAGCAAAUUUUAAACGAAUUUCCAGAAUCUGCCAAGAAAAAUUAAUGCAGAUUUCCACCCACUACUGUUCUGAGCAUAUUUAUAGUGGAUGCUACUUCUCCUGUCAACAACCCGUUCUCACUCCCUAACCGUCACGUAUGGAGCAUGGUCAAGUCCGUCCGGCUGGGAGAAGCCCUCUAGUGUCAUUUUUUAACGCUAACUGUGUAUAAUAUGUAACAGAAAAGGAGGGAGUUGGGGUGGGCCAGGAACCGGACUUUCAACCAGGAG